AUGUCUUUCCAGAUAUUUCAAUUGUCUACCAUUUUAAAAAAUAAAAGGCAAACAAUUGAAUGCUGCAUUUAUUUGACUGCAUUUGUAUUUAUUAUAUAUAUUAGUUUUUACAUUGGACAAUUACUUAUUCAUCAUAGCAAUGACGUUUUCAAAGAAUUGUGUAACAUUCCAUUCUACAAUUUUUCUGUACAAACUCAAAAGCUGUUACUACUCUUAUUAAUAAGAAGCAUAAAACCAACAGAACUUUCAAUCGGUGGUAUGUUUGUAGUGUCGCACGAAGUUUUUGCUGGAGUAAGUAGCAUUCUAUACUUUAAAUUCUUUUCGAAUAUUAUUAUUUACGUUAACAGCAAAUCAAUUAUUGUAGAUAGUACAUAA